AUGGGGGAUAAAGUUUGUAAGUAUGCAUUAUAAAUUUAGUAUCUAUCUUCAUCUUCGUCCAUGGCAAAGUCACUGCCAACUCCAGAAUCUAGUACGUAGAGAGGACUGUAAAUAAUAGAAAAAAGGGGGGAAACAAUAUUAAAAAGGGAGGUCAAUCAAAACUGAUUUAUGAAAUAGAUAUUACUUACUUUAUUGCUCUGCAUGUGAAAAACACAAUGCGUUUCAUUUUCUUAUUGUAGAAGAAAUAAUUAAAAGACCACAAGCAUCCAUCUUCUCCAAAUGGAUCGGAUACAAAGUCUGGAUUGUAACUAAAAUAGUUUCAUACUUUUAAUUUAGCUAGUAACUUCCCCAUACGAGUUUCUAUACAAUUUAUAUUUUUUACCUAUAAAUAUCACAUUCGUUUAAUGAUAUCUCAUCAUCGAUGGCCGCCCAAAGCGCGGUCCUAAGAGUACGAUAAUGAUCACCUGCAGUUGCACUCAAAUUACUGUCUACUGCGUUCAUCACCCAUGUCAAACUUGGUUCCUUGCUAAAUUCAUGACUUUUAGCAUCAGAGAAAUCAUAAUCCGGAUGAAAAGCUGAAUUCAAAGUGGCAAUCAAAUAGAACAGAGUUUUUCUACUGAUUGUGUCGCAUAGUGGGCCAUCUUCAUCACCAGAAACACUGCGACUAUAGAAAAAAUAGAAAGAGAAGAUACAGCUUUUGAUUUAAUCAAUGAUUAUUAAUACCUAAAGUACCUUUGAGCCGGUGAUGUUCCCAAAGAUGUUUGAGGUGGUGAUAAAGCUUGAAGAUCAUGUGGAGUAAAUCCUUGUUCUGCAUUGAAACGUUUGUAUAACUGUUUGUCAUUCCCAGCCAUUUUACAAGAGUAGCUUUCUAUUCUGAAUAUGGAGAAGAUGAUAAAUAUAAAGCAUUGGUUACACAAUGUAUUCAUUACACACAAGUUUGAUUGACCUACCGGCCUAUUAUUUUGCUGUCUCCGGUCUUGAUGGACAAGGCACUAUUGAUAGCUUCGAAGCGUGUACUCUCCAACAGCUUCAUGUUGUCAGUAUGUCAAUGGUUUUUCUCUUACAGUGUAUAAAAGCAGCGUCCCUGUACUGAAUACUCUUGAUGCAUCUCCUAGCGAACCGCUUCUUAUGUCAUUAACACCCCAUUACAUCGGAGUUUGAUGACUGGUUGUUCUGGCAAAAAUCUUGACCUCGUUUCUCAGUCGCAACGGUCAAGGCGUUCAAUAGAAUCGAAAUGUUAGAAAACUUCUUUGACAUCGAAGACUUAUCGAGUCCUUGUACAUGUUUCUUAUGUGUAUGAAAAUUCCUUUCCUCUUUGAGUGCACAAACUUAAUAGUGGACGUGAUGAUUUUUCCCGCGUCCCCGAGCUUGUACAUUACAGAUUCCUAAUUAAAUAGAUCGAUACGGAAUUCACGUCCGUGCGAUAACCGAUUUUCGGUAAUCAGUAGAAUUCGUAUCGGUGAGUCUCAGCCGUGACGGAGUCCUCGGUUGGCUUCUCGCGCCGCUGUUGCGAGUGACGUGACCAGCUGAGAAGAGAGGAAAACGAAUCGCGAAGGACGAACAACUACCCUUGAAAAACAAAAGAUCCUGUUUGUUUUUCGAUCGUGGAGGAACCCAACACUAAACACCAAUGUUCAUGAACAAAGCUGUCUCGAAGUCUCGAUGGAUCGGUAUCGCUUAUCGGGGAAGUCAGCUAAAUAAAGUGACUAACAAACUUCACAACAUCCGCUACUGGUGAAAACAAUCCAUAAUCACGGACAUUGUUGUUGCAAUCACUGAAAUAAUCACGGCCACUGACAAACUAUCGAAACACCUUCGAAAAUUCGAUGGAGUUAGAACUGCCCGAUCGAAGGUCGACCAAACUGAAACCCUUUUCACUCCUGAUUCGCGCCGUGUUACCUAUUAUUUGCGUCUUGAUGUCAGUACGCUUGUAUGCAGCAACGAAUGUAUGCGUCCUACGUGACAGAAAUAGCACACCGAAGCGUCUUGAACUUCCCUCUCUCUUGCUCUUUUUCCCCUUUACUCUCCCCUCGGCCGUAUAAGCUUGAUGGAAGGGAUAUGUUCGUGUGAAUUCCAACCGGCCAAUCAAACGCGGUUCCAAUGAGAUUGUGUGUGCCUGUGCCAGGACGCGGUGCAACUCAUCGUAUGUGUACAGUGUACAGUUGCUUGUUUGUACGCGACUCGAGUUCGCGUAUUCGGUUUAAUUCUAACCUCACAGAAUGCUGACAGGAAUUCGAAUUUAUUGGUAAAAUGUCAAAACGUUGGGGCAGCGACUAUGUGGUCACGGAGCACCGGGAUUUACAGGCUAAUAGCAUGGCCGUGGAUGCGACUGGCAACUACGUGUUACUUGCUGGACGUAGAUGUUUUGCUGUGAAACAUCUUGAUGAAGGUGCUGAUACCUUGAGAAAAUUCCAAAGACAAAGCAAGUACGAGAUCGGCACCACAGAAUGGAAUCCUACAAGUUCAAAUGCUCACAUGUGUGCUGUUUCUAGCAAUACACGUAUAGAAAUAUUGUCACUCACUGGAGGCAGUGGCUAUGAAUUACAGACAACAAAUAGUCUUAAGGCACAUACAAGAGUAGUCAGUGACUUGAACUGGCAUCCCAAAGAACCUGAUAUCAUUGCUUCUUGUAGCAUCGACACAUUUAUACACAUUUGGGAUAUAAGAGACCAGAGGAAACCAUGCUUAUCUUUGUCCGCAGUUGCUGGAUCUUCUCAAGUAAGAUGGAAUGGUUUAUCACCUAAUAUAUUAGCCACAGCUCAUGAUGGGGAUAUUAAAAUAUGGGACCAGCGGAAAGGAAAUAGUCCUGUACAGUACAUAGCUGCUCAUCUAACAAAAAUACAUGGUUUAGAUUGGUGUCCUUUUCAACAAAACCAACUGGCCACUUCUAGUCAGGAUUGUACAGUAAAAAUUUUCGAUAUUAGCAAUCCGCGCAGGGCCGAAAGUAUUGUGACGACGAAUUCACCAGUAUGGAGAGUCAGAUAUACGCCAUUUGGAGAAGGAUUAGUGACAAUAGUGGUACCGCAAUUGCGGCGAGGAGAGAACAGUUUAUUGUUAUGGAACACAACAAACCUUGGCGCGCCUAUUUACACAUUCGUAGGUCAUACAGACGUUGUACUUGAAUUUCAAUGGAGGCACCAAAAAUUAGAAAACAGUGAUUUCGAGUUGAUUACUUGGUCAAAAGAUCAAUGUUUGCGGAUAUACAAAAUCGAUCCAUUUUUAAAGAAGUUGUGUGGACAUGGCAUGGACGAUAGCGCAUCUAUUUAUACACAAUAUUCAGAAGAUAGUAAUUUAAGAACACUACAAUCUAUUCAACAGCUACAGCUCAGUGAUUCUCAAACCGAUCGGGAAAUGAAUUGUAUAACAGCAAAAGUAGACGAAUCUACAUUGAAUUCUGAAUCGGACACAUACAUUGAAAAUAAUAAAGAAAUAUCGUCUCCUACACAGCCGAAAACUUUGCAACAAGAAUUUUCUUUAAUUAACAUGAACAUACCAAACAUAGAGGUGAACGCGAUGGAUGCUGUAGAGCGCAGUUGUACCGUAACAGCGUCCAAUAAAAGUUACAAUGUCAUAUUGAAAGUGAAUUUCCCUGCAAAUUAUCCAUACAGCGCGCAACCUACAUUCCAAUUCUGUCCUGGAACAACAAUCGACAACGCAACAAUGACAAAACUGUUGAAAGUGUUAAAGCAAACUGCUCAGCAACGCGUGAAGAAAAACAGAUCCUGUUUGGAACCAUGUCUGAGACAAUUGAUCGCAACUUUGGAGCAAACAUGUAAAAAGGAUGAAAAUGAAACUACUCACAUUGGAUAUGAUAUUCAGGACAGUGCUAAUUUUUUAAGUUCCUCUAAUAUGUAUACAAACUACCAAGACGCUUAUAUACCUUUCCCUAGAACCUCAGGAGCUAAGUUUUGCUGUGUAGGUAUUCUUGUAUGUUUCGGUCGUGCAUCGUAUACUAGAAGGACGUCGAUGAAACCGGAGAGCACAACGCCUAGAGCUCUAUCUGCUUUGGGGAACGGAAUUGGCAAUGGGGAACAUUUCAUGCACAUGUAUUCGAAUUCAUAUGUACAAUCAAAUGAAAACAUUCCCAUUAGUUCUUUCUACUUUCAAGAUCGCAAAAUGAAUCGGGGAUUACAUAACACCAGUAGAAUGACUCAUCGGUCAUGUUGUAAAAAUUAUCACUUCAUGGUAAUCAUUUAUGACGCUUCGUCAUUAUUUUUCGUGAACAAAGAGCUGGCAGAGAAAUAUGUAAUCAAUAUUACCGACAUCCCAGCGAUGUGUCAAUACAAUGCGAACAUCGCUGCACAAUUGGAACGGCCUGAUUUAGUUCAGGCAUGGUGUUUGGCCGCUCUUGUAAUAUCGCAACCGGUUUCGAACAUUGGACAAAAUUCUUGCCAGUCACCUGACAUUGAUGCACCAUGGCCACUACAUCCUUUCGGUCAAAAUUUAAUUCAUUCUUUAAUACAGCAUUAUGCCAAUCAAUCAGACAUUCAGAUGGCAGGCAUGCUGAGCUGUGCAUUUAGUUAUCGUUCAGAGAAUCUAGACGUUGUUCAGACUCGGCUAAGUAGCAAGUCCGUUAACGUUAGUAGGCUUUCUACAGGAAAAUGGUGGUUGAAGCCUGGCGGAUCGCCCUACCACACUAUACACUUAGCUGACACCACCUUAGAAGGAUGGAAUUUUCAAAAUUUGAAACAGCAUAGAUCCAACUCAUGGUCUGACUCCCUUGACGACUUAAAGCUCAUCCAAGAUACGUUUGGAGACUCCGUAAAAAAUAUUAAACUACUUGACGAAAAGUAUACCACUCUCUACGAUGGGUACAAGAAAGCAUAUGCGGAAGUGUUGCACAGGUGGCGACUGUUGGACGCUCGAGCACAAGUAUUGAAGCAUGUCAGCACAACUCCACUGGAUACGCAUAAAGGCGUGGAAUUUCAAAGCGAAUGCCAAUUGUGUACUAAAGUUAGCAGAGGUCCUCAAUGUGUAAAUUGUAAACGACUGGCUCUGGAAUGCGUAAUAUGUCAUAUCUCUGUGAGAGGUCCAAGUAAUUUCUGUAUAUUUUGUGGACACGGAGGACAUACGCAACACUUAGCAACAUGGUUCUCCAAUGAGACUCUGUGUCCAACAGGUUGUGGAUGUAAUUGUUUGCAAGAGAGUUCCGCCCUCUUAAAGGUGUAAAUAAGACAAAGAGAAUUGUACAUAAUUAAGGCAGUAUGUAUAUAUACAUAUAGAUACGACUAAUGUUACAGAAAAAUAAUAAAUAUGUUUUUUCUUGAGGAUGGUUCAGAGAUCAUAAAA